CUGUACUGAGUGACGUCACCACGUGUUGUCCCAGCAGCGGCGCCUGGUCUCGGCGAUCGAUUUGUCAGCCUGCGCGAUGCGGCGCAGGGAAGUCGAUUGGCCGGACUUAGUGACGUCACUGGCUGCGCGGCAUCGUUUGAAUCCGGGAGGGGGAGCGCCGCCUUAUAAACGGAACCGGCGAGGACAGCUUCUUUGGCGCGCUGGGCGCCAUGUCUACUACCAAGAUGGAUGACGAGCAGAGCCUCCACGCCUUCAUGCAGGAUUUCCGGACGCGGUUUAUCAGCCAAAACAGCGAAGAGAUGUCCCCGCAGGAGAUCAAGGACUCGUACAAGGAGUCGCUGCAGAAAAUCAGCGACUCUUUGAAUAAAAAAUACAGAGAAGGAGAAAUGAUGGUGGAGAAGAUCCUGGAGUCCAGAGAAGACACCAAAAACCAGAAUAAGCGAAUUGAGGAGAAGAAGGAAAACGUCCUGAGGGAGAUCGCCAGGGUGAAGGAGAACGAGAAGCUGAGCGCUGCGCUGUCCGAGCACAUGCAGAGCUUACGAGAAGAGAUCGCGCACAAGCGGGAGCUUGCUUUGGCAAACAAAAAAGUGAAUAAGGAGAAGCUGAAGGAGCUGCAGAACGCGGCCACAUUAUUCAAGGAGCGUCUGGGGCUGGACAUCCGGAAACUACAAGGUGACAGGCUGCAGUUUGUCUUCAGGGGCAUUAACCCCAAAGACCCGGAGGAGCCGUUUACCUUCAUCAUUUACUUCAAUAUGGAAGGAGAAUAUCAACUCACAGGUUGUGAUCCUCCCCUGGACUGCAUGGCCGAGUACGAGAAGAAACUGCAAGAAACCAAGAACUUCCCUGCGCUGCUCGCCAACCUGCGCAAAUCCUUUGCUGCGUUUUGUACACAAGGAAAAUAAUCUGUUUCCUCGUCCUCCACUUCUGUAUGUUUUCUGCUUUAUAUGUUUUUGUAUCGUCAUAAUAAAAUGUCACUUUCUUGAUAACCCUUAGUGUAGAGGUG